GCGGGGCCAUGGAGCAGUACUUCUCGGCCACCCAGAAGAUGGAGCGGGAGGUGAUGUUCCCCAGCCUGCUGCGAGGGGUCUUCCCGCAGCAGGAGGGGGCGGCCCCGGCCACGGGCGGCCGUGCGGACCUCUACGAGCGCUACCAGCUCCUCAAGGCCAUCAAGCCCGUGGUGGAGAAAGGGCUGGCCUCCGUCACCGACCAGAGCCCCGCCGGUGCCGACGCCGACGCCGACGCGUCCUCGGACGCCGUGGACGCCCAGCUGGAGGAGCGCCUGUCCCACCACCUGGCCGGCUUGCAGCAGGUCCUCACCCACCUCACCAGGGACACCAACGCCCUGACCCGGAGGUACAGCCAGAUCCUGGAGCAGAUCAGCCCCAGCGAGGGGCAGCCCAGCUGGUGACCCUGCCCCAGACGCCAGGACGAGCGCUGGCGGCACGAAGGAGAGGACGUCCCCAUCGCCGACCAUCGCGGGCUCUUCCCCAGCCCCGCUCGCCCUCCCCGCGCCGCGGCGGCCGAUCUCCCGGCGCCGGCACCGCACGCCGGCGACGGCUGCGACCGCCCGAGAACCGGCCGGUGCCGUGUCCUCGUAGGAAGAAGCAUCUGGUCGCGCCGGGAGCGCCACUGGAAGAGUCGCAGGCUCGCGCCCUCCUCGUUAUUUUCAGAGCGCGGCACGAAGGCGGUGGCCCCGACCUCCGACGGUCCCCUGCGACCGCCGAGCCCUUUUCCAGCUGGUACCUGGACUCCGAGGGGUGUUGCCCCACUCUUUGCUAAUAAAACGAGCGCUGUAAA